UUGUGUCCCACAUGUAGCGGAGGGAUGCGUUCCGUAGCCAACCAGUGACUUUACCCUCGAAGUUGACACGUAGACUUUGUCGUUGCAUUUUGCAGCGCCUGUCUUGUUGAGCUUAAACUAUGAUUUUAAGUGUAAGGAAAUAUUUUUCGGGUCGGAUAAUAAAGACGUAGCAGGAACACCAGAUUAAGUCUUGGGAACUCAUGUUGUAGGACGCCAGCUGAGGGAUGGCAGAAGAGCAGAGUCCCAGCAGGGCAGAAACGUUUGUUCUGGCUGGAUCCAACGGUCACAAUGGCCAGCAGUGGCACACUAACGUGUCCAACUCAAGGCCGCAGCACUCCAGCACGGCUAACCGCGUGUCCAGAAUGGCCCGCGUCGCCUCCGACGUCAGGCACAAGUGUGCGGCCUACGUUCUAGCGCUGAGGCCGUGGAGCUUCAGCGCCUCGCUCACACCCGUGGCCCUCGGGAGUGCUUUGGCGUACAAACUGGAAGGCUCCGUGGACCUCGUGGUCCUGAUGGUGUGCGCCGUGGCUGUCCUCGUCGUCCACGGGGCAGGGAACCUCGUCAAUACCUACUAUGACUUCUCUAAGGGAAUUGACCACAAGAAGAGCGACGAUAGGACUCUAGUGGAUGAAAUUCUGGCGCCACAGGAUGUUGUCAUGUUUGGUGCUUUGCUGUACUCCUUGGGCUGCCUGUGCGCCACUUUGCUCUACUUCCUGUCGACGCUUAGAUUGGAGCACCUCGCCCUUAUUUACUUUGGCGGGCUUUCCAGCUCCUUUUUAUACACCGGAGGUAUCGGCCUGAAGUACGUGGCCCUGGGAGACAUAGUGAUCCUCAUAACCUUCGGCCCCCUGGCAGUGAUGUUCGCCCACGCCGUGCAGGUCGGCUACCUGUCGGUGCUGCCGCUGGUCUAUGCCGUCCCGCUGGCCCUAAACACAGAAGCCAUUCUCCACAGCAACAACACGAGAGACAUGGACUCCGACAAGCAAGCUGGCAUCGUCACCCUGGCCAUCCUCAUAGGCCCCACGCUGUCUUACGUCCUCUUCAACCUCCUGCUCUUUGUCCCAUACGUUCUCUUUUGCAUCCUCGCCACCCGUUACACCAUCAGCAUGGCUCUGCCUCUGCUGACGCUGCCAAUGGCCUUCUCACUGGAAAAACAGUUCAGGAGUCGAUGCUACGCCAAGAUCCCUCAAAAAACUGCCAAGCUCAACCUCCUCAUGGGACUCUUCUAUGUUUUUGGGAUCAUUCUGGCUCCUCUUGGCAGCUUGCCGUUGCUGUGAUGCUUUAGAUGCAUCAAAAUAUUUGUUUUAUUACCGACUG